UAACGAGGAUGUCUGGUCGUGGAAAGGGUGGGAAGGGUCUAGGCAAAGGUGGCGCCAAACGCCAUCGCAAGGUUUUGCGCGAUAACAUACAGGGAAUCACUAAGCCAGCCAUCCGUCGCUUGGCCCGUCGUGGAGGCGUUAAACGCAUCUCAGGUCUUAUCUAUGAGGAGACACGCGGAGUUCUUAAAGUGUUUCUGGAGAACGUAAUCCGCGAUGCUGUCACCUACACUGAGCACGCCAAGCGCAAGACUGUCACCGCCAUGGAUGUGGUAUAUGCGCUAAAGCGCCAGGGUCGCACCCUCUAUGGCUUUGGCGGCUAUGUAAGGCAGCUGCAGGUCUUCAAGCCAACAUUCUUAAAAAUUUUUGAUACCUGUUUCGGUAUGGCUCGUACAAAGCAGACAGCUCGGAAGUCUACCGGUGGCAAGGCGCCGCGCAAGCAGCUGGCUACCAAGGCGGCCCGGAAAAGUGCGCCAGCUACUGGUGGUGUGAAGAAGCCUCAUCGCUACCGGCCCGGCACCGUGGCCCUGCGCGAGAUCCGUCGGUACCAGAAAUCCACCGAGCUGCUGAUCCGAAAGCUGCCUUUCCAACGCCUGGUUCGUGAGAUCGCGCAAGACUUCAAGACCGACCUGCGCUUCCAGAGCUCAGCUGUGAUGGCUUUGCAGGAGGCCUGCGAGGCCUAUCUGGUGGGGCUCUUUGAAGACACCAACCUAGGCGUGACUUCGGCUUUUAUAAUCAUGUCUGGACGUGGCAAGGGCGGGAAGGGCCUUGGUAAAGGUGGAGCUAAGCGGCACCGUAAGGUACUGCGGGACAACAUCCAGGGCAUCACCAAGCCCGCGAUCCGGCGUCUGGCCCGCCGCGGCGGUGUUAAGCGUAUUUCCGGCCUCAUCUAUGAAGAGACUCGUGGGGUGCUUAAAGUUUUUCUGGAGAACGUAAUCCGGGACGCUGUUACUUACACCGAGCACGCCAAGCGCAAGACAGUCACGGCCAUGGAUGUGGUGUACGCGCUCAAGCGCCAGGGCCGCACUCUGUACGGUUUUGGUGGUUAAGUAAGCUCUUCGUUUCUGUUUUCUAACCAAAAGGCCCUUUUCAGGGCCCCCCAUCUUCUCUCUUAAGGAGCCAUUACACUUAACUA